ACCUACUAACUCGCCGAUUCCAUCAAGAAUGUUCAGUUGUUCACAACCUGUGGCUGUUGUGUCGUAGCUCACAGAAUUAGUAUUAGUUACCCUAGAAUUUCAUUUGCUGAAUGACAUUUUGCAGUGUAACAUUAAGUAGUUUAGCGUAUAAGUGAGAAAGGACAAUCAGAAAAAUGGAGGCUUCAGAUGGCGUUCGAAACCGUGCACCGCAGCGCGAUCAGUUCGCUGACGAGGAGGAGGCGGAGAGCGUCGAGGAGCUGCGUCAGAGGCUGCACCACAUGCGCUCCCUCGUCAACGACAGGCCGACCAGGAAGAGUGGAAUCGACGAUGGUUUCCUGAGUGUGGUGUUCGGCGGCAUCCUCGUGAUCAUCACGUUCGUUGCGGUCUACGCGUUCUACCAUCUCUUCUCUGCUGUCUACCGGAGAUGGUCGCCGCCGCCCAACGGCUGGUGAGAGAUUCCUGAGCCUUGGAACGACCUCGUCUCUGUCUCUGCUGCGGUGGCUGAGUCUUGGGGUUAAAUCACCCUUAGCCUUGGGGUUAAAUCCGUCAUUCCAACCCUCGACAUCAUCUCAUCAAACAUUUAUAAAGCCAGAUAUUCAACGCAUCAAAUAGGCACCUAUGCAUAUAGCCACGGUUCUCUCUUCUUCUUGAUACAGUCAUCAAUGCACUUCGUCCCAAGCGUUUUUUCCAGGGCAGAGUGGGAACGCAAUUCGAACGGUGCAAAACGGAUCAAAUUACUUGGCCUCAAUUUGUGCCAAUAGUUAAUGUCAUUUUACACAGCACAUGUGCGGCUUGAAUUGAAAAAAAUUCUAUCGCGUUCGGGCAGGCAUGACACGUAACUUCGUGUAUGUUAAUGACGGUCUAUGUUAUAAACUGAAUCGUCGAUUAAAAGGAAGCAAACUAAUGACAAACAAAGCUGAAAAUAACGAGAAAGAUAAUCCAGCGAUCAAUCUAGAUAUUUCGAGUUGAUAUUUUUAGACUUAUUAAUUUUUGAUAAUAUAGGAAGAAUUUAAUUUAAACAGAUUUUCUUCAGAUGAGAAAAUGAGAUUAUUUCUCAUCAUGAUAAGUUUUCAUCAAAAAUGUAUCAUGCAGAAAAAAUAUUAAUAAUUUUCAAGGAGAUAAUGUGAAUUAUGGUCUAAUAUUGUCAUACAUAACGUAAUUAUAACACGGAACAGCAGCGUCUAUCCUUGUGCAGCGUUGCGGUAUGUGCACAUAUAAUUUUAAUAGUAACGCGGCACGUAAGGUAUACUGCCGCACAGGUGAAUCUUUGAGUUGUGGCAGGUAAUGUUUCACAACGGAAUUUCAUUGAAUGUCCGAAAUAUCUUGGUAAAUUUCCAUCGGUAACUGUUUUUUAUAAAAUAUACGGUAAUUUCAGGUAAACGUUCUCAUAUAAAAAGCUCCUAUAAAUAAUUGUGUAAAAAGAUUUAUUUCAAAACACUCGUGCCAGCGUCUUCCAGAUCAAAGCCAAAUGUUUAGCAGCUAAUGACAUGCUCAGUUGUAGGCCAUAAGAAUUUAGGGAAACGUUAAACUUUUGUGUGAUUCUUAUAAAGAUGAUACCUGGAGGCACAACAAUCUUGAUAAUUAUUCUUGAUUAUGAUACCAGCGGGCUUCAUGUAAAACCAGCUAUAGAAUCAAUCAUCUCGCAUGUUCAAACUCGGAGAAAAGGGCGAAUGACUGUUGUCGUUUACGUUGUAACACCAGAAAUCCAUAAUUUAUUACUUUUAAAGCUCAACAGCUAUGAGUGUGAAAAGUUCAAUUAGAUCAGCUAACGAUAGAUAACAACGAUGCUUAAGUUCGCACUGAAUUGCAGCUCGCACGCUGGAUAAGUGAAGAGUUUACUGCUCAUCUCGGCAGCCAUCUUUAUACGUACGUCAUUUUCUAGUAUGACAUGUUUAUUACAAAAUGUUUAAA